CGUCUCUUUCCUUUCCGUUCCUGUGCCCCUUCCAUCCUUCAUCCUAAGCUGCUGCGAUGUCGGUUGCUACAACAAAGAGGGAGUCCGAGCUGUCCGGGCAGAUUGAAGACUUCGUGGCGCUCCUGAAACGGGGCGGAAAGCGGCCGCGCUCGGAGGAAGCUGCCCGGCAGACGGUGGGGCUGCUGCGGAGGAUCGUAGCAAACGGGCGCUGGGACAAUGCGGGAGAUCUAAUGAAACUGAUUUGUAAGGAAUGUCAAAGAAUGACUGCAGCCCAGCCAUCUGAGACCACUGUGGGUAACAUGGUGAAACGAGUGCUGAAGAUAAUUCGUGAGGAGUACGGCAGGCUCCGAGGGCGCAGUGAGGAGAGUGACCAGCAAGAGUCACUGCACAAACUCUUGACCUCAGGAGGUCUCAAUGAGGAUUUCAACACCUACUAUGCUCCACUCAGGGCCAAUAUAAUUGAAGCUAUUAGUGAGCUCUUGAUUGAACUAGAGGGCACUACUGAAAACAUUGCCAUGCAAGCACUGGAGCAUAUUCACUCCAAUGAAGUGAUCAUGACCAUUGGGUAUUCACACACAGUGGAGGCCUUCCUGAAGGAGGCAGCACGUAAAAGAAAAUUCCAUGUCAUUGUGGCUGAAUGCGCACCCUUUUGCCAGGGUCAUGAAAUGGCUCUCCGUUUGUCUAAAGAGAAUAUAGAAACCACUGUCAUGAGUGAUGCAGCCAUUUUUGCUGUCAUGUCUCGAGUCAAUAAGGUUAUCAUCGGAACAAAGACUAUCUUGGCCAAUGGGGCACUGAUAGCUGUCAGUGGGACUCACACCUUGGCACUAGCAGCCAAACACCACUCCACCCCUCUCAUCGUCUGUGCACCUAUGUUCAAGCUCACACCACAGUUCCUUAAUGAGGAUGACUCAUUCCACAAGUUUGUCUCUCCACAGGAAGUGUUGCCUUUCACAGAAGGGGAGAUUCUGUCCAAAGUCAAUGUUUACUGCCCAGUCUUUGACUAUGUUCCUCCAGAACUUAUCACUCUCUUCAUUUCUAACAUUGGAGGCAAUGCUCCUUCUUACAUCUAUCGUCUCAUGAGUGAACUCUACCACCCAGAUGAUCGUGAACUUUGAGCUAUGGACAUUAUUUAUACCACAAAACGGAUGUGUAAUUUGUUUCACCUGACGAAAGUGCAGCUGAAUCAAACAUUAAACUGCAGAAAAUUAAAUUA